AUGGCGACCCCCGAGCAAGUUCCUGGGCAAGAAUUCGAUUAUGAAGCCCUCCCUUCGAAUUAUGGCCUCGGUCGGAACAUGUUAGCUGGCGCGUUCGCUGGUAUUGCGGAACAUGCUGUGAUGUACCCGGUAGAUCUGUUGAAGACUCGCAUGCAAAUCCUGCACCCUACGAGCGGAGGCCUCUACACGGGGCUGACGAAUGCGGUUUCUACCAUUUACCGGAUCGAAGGCUGGCGGACAUUAUGGAAGGGCGUUUCAAGUGUGAUUGUUGGCGCUGGUCCCGCCCACGCCGUGUAUUUUGGCACAUACGAGGUCGUUAAGGAUCUUGCGGGUGGAAAUGUCGAUGAUGGGCACCAUCCGAUGGCUGCAGCUCUAAGUGGUGCCUCCGCGACCAUCGCCAGCGAUGCAUUGAUGAACCCCUUUGACGUGAUCAAGCAGCGGAUGCAAGUACAUGGAUCUGUGCACAAGACCCUUAUCCAAUGCGCUAAGACCGUCUACCGGACGGAGGGGCUCCAGGCGUUCUAUGUGUCUUAUCCUACCACCCUGUGCAUGACCGUUCCUUUCACCGCCACCCAAUUUGUUGCAUACGAGUCUCUCUCGAAAGUCAUGAACCCCUCUCAGGAUUACGACCCGUUCACCCACUGUAUUGCCGGUGGUUUGGCGGGAGCUUUCGCCGCCGGUCUGACCACGCCUCUGGACGUGGUGAAGACCCUUCUCCAAACUCGAGGCCUGGCGCAGAACGAGGAGAUUCGGUCGGCCAAGGGUCUGUUCAACGCGGCUGCCAUCAUCAAGCGGCAGUUUGGCUGGAGUGGGUUCCUACGUGGCGCUCGCCCCCGCAUUAUUUCUACGAUGCCCAGCACGGCCAUUUGCUGGACUUCCUACGAAAUGGCCAAGGCCUACUUCAAGGGCCGCGGGGACUAA